AUGAAACUGACUCACACCAACUUUGAAUACCUACUCACGGAUUUAACCAAAAGUAUACAGCAAGCGUCAAAACAUGAAAAAAAUCUGGAUCUUAGUAGUUUACGCUCAUCAGAACAACAAGAGACAUCGAUGGAUGACUCACUAUGGUCUGCACGCAUUGAAUUUCUCGAUUUUCUCUGCUAUCUACAAUACCCAAAAGAUUGUUUAAAACGACUUGCUACAUCUUUGGAAGAGUAUUACGUAGAAAAUAACAGUUAUCUUAAGGCAGUGAAAAGUUUUGCAACAAAUUAUACGUCAGAAAAUGCAAUUCAAUGGUAUGCACAAGAUACAUUUGUCUAUCGUCUUAUUAACAAAGUUUUACGUCAGCACAAUAUUAAAGCACUCUUUCUUUUUGGCUUUCUAGUGAAAGACAUUUAUGAACAGUUGAAAAGAGAACACGACAAGUUUAAAUUAACACAUAGUGGAGAUAAUAAUACAAAUAGUUCAAUCGUUAAAUUUUAUCGUGGACAAUUGAUGUCAUUGAAGGAAUUCAACAGUUAG